AUGCCCAAUCCAAAAGACAAACGGGCCCGCCAGCCCCCUAGUCGCGAUGUACAAAUUUCCAAAGCACUGAGCCAUCUCCUCCGCCAUGCGGCCGAGAAGGAGGGCGUGAAGAUGACGGCGCAGGGGUAUGCCAAUGUCUCCGAUGUGCUAAACUGGCGCAAGCUCAAAUCCCUCAAAACCACAUUCCCUGAGAUCCUCCACGCCGUUGCCUCUUCGGAUAAGCAGCGUUUCGCACUGUUGCACAUUCCCUCCGCCGAGAGCAGCAACACCACAAAAGAAGAAGAAACACAAGGACCAACACCCUCAGCUAUCGACUCCGCCUCAACCACCGAAGCGCAACAAACCGCCACAUCCACCGCGCUCUCUGUGACAGACACCAACCCCUCGCACUUUCUCAUCCGCGCCACGCAAGGCCACAGCAUCAAAAGCGUGGAGGCGGCUUCAUUCCUCGAGCCACUUUCUCUGGAUGAUGAGUCUAAAUUACCCACUACCGUCGUGCAUGGUACUUUCCACGCUGCGUGGCCCUUGAUUCUUAAGUCUGGGGGGUUGCGCUGUAUGAAGAGGAAUCAUGUGCAUUUCGCUACAGGACCUCAUCUUGAUGAUGUACUUUCGGAUCCUACUGAUAGGACGGUACAUCACUCAAAAGAUCAAGAAGAUCAAAAAGAUGACAGCCAGAAAGAAAAAGCAAAAGCAACCAAUGAAGAAAAAGAUAGAGAAGGACAAGUAAUCUCCGGAAUGAGGCGCGACGCACAGGUCCUUAUCUACAUGAACCUCCGCAAAGCGCUAGCAGCGGGAGUUCCAUUCUGGAGGAGCGAGAACGGGGUUAUUCUGAGCGAGGGCGUGUCGGUGAAUGGCGAGCAGCUCGUGUCGCUGGAGUUUGUGAAUGUGGUUGUAGAGCGGAAGAUGGGACUGGGUAAGAUUUGGGAAGGGGGCAGGGUGGUUAAGGAGCUACCUGCGAAUUUGAAGAGACGAUAA